AUGGUGACCACCUCGAGCUUCUUCCUCGGCAUGAGCCGUAGCCGCAACAGCAUAAUAGAAGAUUCCGGCGCUGAUGACCUCGGAGGUUACGCGUUCUCGGGUGGCGACGCUGCUGACGUCGCGCCCGUCCGUGAUAACACACGCAGUCAGGAAUCGCCUUCCGCCAGCGGCUCGGCUGGUGAUGCGGCCGCUAAGCAGGCGACUAAGAAGAAGAAAAAGCUGAAACGCCAGCGUUCCGACUUAGACUCGGAUGAAGAAUCUGCUGAGCAGAAAGCUGAGGCUGAGCAAGCAGCGGCGGCGGCCGCUGCUGCUGCCGAACGUGAAGCUAAGGAGGCACUUCGCAAGCGCAAGGCCAUCAGAGAAACGCUAGAGACGCUCAACGCAUUCCUGGACAUAACUAAGAAAAUGGUAGACACGGUCGUGGCUGGCAUGAGCGGAGGGCAGCCGAAGAUUGAGGAGCAGAUACGUGCCGCUAUUGCCCACGGCAGCUGUACAUUUAUCCGCAGCCACUCAGACCUCUCCAAGUUCUCAGUUGCGUCUAAGUUCAAGAAUCUGAAGCUCUACCAGCAGUGUGGAGUGCACUGGCUGUCGCUGUUGCACUCAGUCGAGCACGCGAACGGCAUUCUCGCCGACGAGAUGGGGCUUGGAAAGACAGCCCAAACAAGUGUCUUUCUGAGCUAUAUCUACAGCAUAGACACGAAGGAAGUUGUCAACGAUUUCAACGCGCGCCUGAAGAAGGAGGGAUACGGGAAAAAGCGCUCAUGUCUCAUCCUUGUCCCUUCUUCGGUCGUCGACAACUGGUGCAAGGAACUUCGGCGUUGGGCGCCCAACCUCAAAAACCACAUCGUGAAGUACCACGGACCGCAAUCAGCCCGCUUUAAAAUCGCAUGUGACGUCAUCGACGACGUCAGUAAGGGGUCGUUUGUUAUCCUGGUCUCUACCAUGCCCACGGUCUCAUCGAAGGAGGAUGUCCGUCUGCUGCGAGGCAUUCGGGAGUUCGAGUACAUGAUCGUGGACGAGGCACAUGCUCUCAAAAACAGUGAAACAAUCGCAUAUCGCAGGCUGAACAGCUCGUUUAACAUCCGACAUCGGCUGCUGCUAACUGGAACCCCUGUGCAGAACAGCCAGAGUGAGUUGGGCAACCUGCUGCAAUUUGCAAUGCCUGACAUGUUCGACCAGUCGAAGAUAAACGACGCCAUAAACUACCUAAUUAAGAAUUACGACGAUGCCGUCUCCGAGUUCCCUGCGCUGUCAUCGCUCGUCGAGCCCGGGGAGAUUGAGGCUUACAGGAAAACGCUACCUGCUCCACCAUCGCCUAAGGCACCACCUAAACGUGGAAGAAGAUCGAAGAAAGCCGCUGAGGCGGCGGAAGACGCCGCCCCAACCGAAGCGGAUGCGAAGGAGGCUGUCGGCAGCGAGACGCCGCAGGAGAACCAGUCAGAGUCUAACCCUGUGGAUGAGACUGCCGUAACUGAAGCUGCUACAGCAAAUGAUACCGAUGGAGCGGCAAGUAAUGGUGAAUCGGUUAACCAGGUUGAUGUGGAUUCCGUCCAUACACCCAGUUCCCCAUGUCGGCCUACCGAAACAUUGAAGGAAGAAACAUUUAAAUCCACGUCGUUCGGAUCUCUGUUGGGUUCGGCACUUAGUAGUGACGCAAAUGAUGCGUUCAAAACUGCAGCUGUGUCAGAUGUUCGGACCCCCACCGAUGAUACGGUGCCGUUGAGGAUAGGCACCAUGUCAGAGGAAUCUGCGGGGAAAAUCGCUACUGACGUAGACAAGAUCAAACAUGAGUCUACUGGCACGGAAAACCAAGUUACCUCACCUAAGACAGACGGCCAGCCCGAGUCACACACUAAAGCGUCGGGCAGUUCGCAGUUGCCGAUGGCAAGUGGCAUAAAGGCGGAGCAAUCUCCGAAUCUCGUUAUUGGUCCUGUUCCUGAAGAAUCUGCAGAUUCCUUCGAAAAGUUCGACGGUUUGCCGUCGGAUGGGGAUUUCUUCGCGUCAGAAGGCAGGCCUGUCAGCAUCGAGCCUUCCAUCCGCGUGCUCCAAAGGCUCAUCGCGCCCUUCAUUUUAAGGCGCCGCAAGCGAACUGUGAUGCACGAGCUGCCGGAGAAGAACACGUUCCUCAUCCGUUGCAAGAUGGUCGGUAUACAACAGGACCUGUAUUUGAAGGAGGUAGAGUCAAACAUUGAGCAGCACCGAAAUGCGCUGAUUCAAAAGUACAAGGUACCCGAGAGCGAGCUGCGGAACAUGUGCCAUGGCCGCUCCAAGAACUACUCUAUAGGUUCCAGGGACGACUUUUUGGUUAAAUCGCUAAUUUUCCGCAUGCGUCGCAUAUGCAACCACCCGUUGCUGGUGCGCGGGGCGUACUACAAGGAAGAGUUGCUGCAAAAGCUGAUCAAGUACUACGCCAGCAAGGUCGAGGGCUACAAGGAGAACAGUUUAGAGCGCGUUGACAAGGAACUGCGCAGUUGGAGCGACUUCGAGAUGCACCGGUCCAUGCAGACCCUUCUGUCGUUUGAGCCCCGUCUGGAACGCUACCUCAUCCCCAAGGAAGCGUUCAUGACCUCCGCCAAGAUUAUUGAGCUGUUCAAGAUCAUCGACAAGGUAGAGGCCGAUAAUCGCAAGGCGCUGGUGUUCUCCCAGUUCACGAUGUACCUCGAUGUGAUUGAGGAGUGCUUGAGGCUCAAUAAGCCGGAGGUGAUGUACCUACGUCUAGACGGCGGCUGCAGCACAACAUCGCGCACGGAAAUGGUCGACGAAUUCACCAACGACGAGAAAGUACGGCUGAUGCUCGUGUCCACAAAGGCAGGAGGUACCGGCCUGAACCUGACGGUGGCCUCCACCGUCGUGUUGAUGGACCAGGACUGGAACCCGCACAACGACACCCAGGCCGAGGAUCGCUGCCACCGCAUCGGUCAGACUCAGACCGUGGAGGUCUACAAGUUGAUGUGCGAGGGGACCGUUGAGGAAUAUGUGAUGGAGUGCUGCCAGCGGAAGCUGAUGCUGGACGACGCCUUCAGUGGCAAGGCAGUUAGUGACGAGGGAGCCUAG